AUGGGAAAUUUUAUACUUAGAGGUAUAGAAAUUAUGGAAAAAGUAUCAGAAAACCAAAUUGUUAAUAGACCCGUAAAGAUGCAUCGUUUUUUAGGUACUGACAUCUUGGCUAGACCCGUAUUCGAAGAGAGCGCCACCAAAGUCACAGUCACACUACCAGGGGAAGAGCCUGCCCUUUGGUACCGAGUUGACGAUGAAUCUUGGACGUCGUAUUCUGCGGGAACGGAAUUAGAAAUCGAUGUGGACAUUUCUGCGUCACCAUUCUUUUAUAGAGGAGGUAGUAUAAUUUCCAGGAAGGACAGAGAAAAGGGAUCGACGACAGACAUGGUUGACGAUCCCUUCACUGUUUAUGUUAAUUUAGAUGCG